AUGGAUUUGGCUAUUAGGCCAACACCAGCAGUCAUGUACCGGUUCUCCGGCGAGUCAUCGUUGGGUGGCCUUCCUGGCUGGCUGGCUGGCUGGCUGGCUGGCUGGCUCACGUCGGAGAUUCACAUCCUCCGGCGGCUCGACCACCCCAACGUGAUCAAGCUCGAGGGCGUCAUCACCUCCCGCCUUUCGCGCACAGCCGCUUCAUGGAGCCGCAGGCGGCAGGUCAAGUGUUUCAUGGUCCAAAGCCUCGAGGGCCUCCGCCACUGCCACGCCUGUGGCGUGCUGCACAGGGACAUCAAGUGGAUCUUGUCAGACGUGCUCUGGAUCACCGAUUUCGGGCUGGCAACCUUCUUCGACCCGACCGCAGGCAGCCUCACGACCAGCUGCGUCAUCACGCUCUGGUACCGCCCACCAGAGCUCCUCCUCGGCGCCACCGAGUACAGCAUCGCGGUAGACUUGUGGAGUACCGGAUGCAUCCUCGCCGGCAAGCCCAUCAUGCCCGGGCACCGCAGCUCGUGGCUGCCCACCGCUGGGUCCAUCACCGCUCCUCAGUCGCCGGUGCCAUUGCGGUUCCUGACUAAUCGUGCUGUGUUCGUGUGUCCAGAUAAGUCCAAUUGGUUUUAG